GCAGAAAAUAAUGCCCCAUCUGAGGCAAGAACUGUGCUUGCCUUUCUCACAUCAUCUUUAUAUGGCAGUUUCAAAGAAGUUGUUCAUUUGGUUCCUGUCAACCAGUUGUCAGGCUCAGAUCUCCAUAUAUUAACACUUAAUGUGUUGCAGUUUCUUUCCUCAUGUGGUCUGACUGUUGUUGUUAUUAUAUCUGAUAACAACAGAAUUAAUAGGAAUAUGUUUUCACUAUUGGUAAAAAAUUCCAGCAGUCCAUAUUCCUUUCUGUCAUGUGGUUUCCCUGUAUUUGUAAUGUUUGACACAGUUCAUUUCUUAAAAAGUAUUAGGAACAACUGGUUGAACCAGAGGGACAGUGACAGAACAUUUAAAUUUCCCCAUUUUGACUCAACAUCCAAUGAUCUGCUAAUGGCAAAAUUUUCAGAUAUUGAGAACCUAUACAAAAAGGAACUCGACCAGCUUUUGAAAUUAGCUCCUCGGUUGACUCACAAGUCAGUGUAUCCAAGUAGCUUAGAAAGACAAAAUGUCAGUCUUGUCUGCAAUAUUUUUAAUGAGACAACACUUGCAGGCUUAGAAGCUGAAUAUGGUGAAAUUUCAGGAACUGUACACUUUGUUGAAAUCAUUCUCCGUUGGUGGAAUAUUAUUAAUGUUAAGAACUGUACAAAGGGAAUUCACAAACAAAAUGAAUUGUGUCUGCCUUUCACUAGUGCUUCUGAUGACAGGCUUGAAUUUCUUGACAAAUUUUUGGCUUGGUUAGAGAGAUGGAGGGCUUUGGACACUACCAGUUGUCUGACCACAGACACACAUCAGGCACUGUAUCAGAGUACUUCUGUUAUUUCAGAAGUUGUUGAAUAUUCUUUCAGUGGUGUAGGUGUGCAGUAUCUUCUCACAGGAAAACUACAAACUGAUAAUUUGGAAUCAAGGUUUAGUAGGUAUCGUCAAUCAUCGGGUGGAAACUAUAACGUUUCUGUAGCCCAGGUAUUUGAAUCUGAAAAGAAGUUGCAUAUAAUGAGUGUUUUGGGAGUAAAGUCUGCAAAAUAUGGCCCAGUAAAAUUUUCUCCAGAAAUAAUGAAUGACAUAAGCAUCUCAGAUGUAAUGUCUACAGAUGUUGACGUGAAUCCGUUUGUUAGUGUUUUGAACUACAUAGGCAAUGAAACUGUUGAUGUACACCAAUCUGUGCUUCUGUAUGUUUGUGGUUAUGCAGCACACAAAACAACACAAUUGCUCAGUUGUACAACAUGCAGUGAUUUUGUUUUAGGCACACAUACCACAGAUAAAUAUUUUGAUAACCUUGUCCGAAGUGGAUUGACUGUGCCAUCAGAUAUUGUUGUGGAACUUGGCACUUUUUUAUAUACAGUUAUGCAGCUUUUAAUAUCUGAAGAGUAUGAAACAAAAUUCCUCACUUGUCAAAAUCAAAAGCAGUUACUACUCAAUCUGGUUGGCCAAGGAGUUAAAUCACAUGUUUCUCUGCAAAUAUUUGUAACAGAUUCAUGUCUCUGUGGAAGGCCACUUACUGAUAUCUACAAAAAGCUGGUUUCCAUUAUGUGUAACAUAUUGUUAAAUAAUUAUACCAAACUCCAAAAUGAUCAUUUAAUAUGUUCCAAGAAGGAGGGAGUUAAUAGAAAAUUAAAAACAUUACAUUACUUUUGA